AUGUGCUCGAGGGCCUUGAUUGCGUAUGCACUGAUCCUCGUUGUUGCGUUUUGUUCAGUGAUCAGGGCUGAGACAUAUUCCUUCUCAUUAAAUCAAGAAUUCUUGAAAAAGGUAACCCUGGAAGCAUCAACAAAAUAUCCAACACGAUUAACCGUAACUGUGAGCAGCUUAACCACAAAAACUCCAGUGCAAAAUGUAACAGUUUAUUUCUAUGAAACACCUGGAGUCAAUUCAAAGUUAAGGCCAUACUUUUCUCCAAGACAAGUGCAAACCGAUGCUUCUGGAAGUGCAAGUGUUGACUUUUAUGCUGGAAAUACUCCAGGAAAUGGUUCAAUUACAGUCACAACAACUCCAAAGCAAUCGUUCAAUCCCUCAACAACCUCGUAUGCAAGAUUUGAAUAUGUUGUGACCAGCCCAGUAUAUGGAGAGGCGUGGGGUCAAAUUGCUACAAUUAUAUUCUUGUCAAUUGUAUCAAUUGUAGGUGCCUGUUUUUUAGCCAUUUACGUUUUAAGAAAGAGUAGAGGCACAACUGAAAUGAUUGCUGUAGCAGAUCCAAUUAAGGAAGGGGCGCAAGGUUUUUUAAAAACACAAUACUUGGCUAUUGUAGGUAUUACAAUUCCUGUUGCUUUGGCAUUAUUCGGCUUGUACAUGGUGCGAGCAAAGAGUGCUACUGAUCCUGACUUGCAUAUUGCGGUUAUUGCUACGCUUGUGACCAUUAGCUUUGUGCUUGGUGUGGUUUUUAGUGGAUUAUCAGGAUUUGUGGGAAUGUUCGUGAGUGUGAAUGCCAACUCUCGAGUAGCAAGUGCUGCUACAAGAAGUUACAGAGAGGCUCUCAAUGUUGCGAUGCGAUCAGGAGCAUUUGUUGGUUUUUUAGUGGUUUCCCUUUCAAUAUUAGGUGUCAUUGUUCUCUUCUCCAUUCUUUAUCUUGCCAUUCCAAAGGAAGCCAUUACUCCAACUCAAAUUGUUGGUUUGAUUGUUGGCUUUUCUUUUGGUUGUAGUUUAUCUGCAUUGUUUGCUCAAUUAGGUGGAGGUAUAUUCACAAAAGCAGCCGAUGUUGGUGCUGACCUUGUGGGUAAGGUAGAACAAAAUAUUCCUGAGGACGAUAUUCGAAAUCCAGCAGUUAUUGCUGAUUUGGUUGGAGACAAUGUCGGAGAUUGUGCAGGACGUGGAAGUGACUUGUUCGAAUCCAUUUCUGCCGAAAAUAUUGGUGUAAUGAUUUUAGGAGGAACUUUAACCACUCAAGCAUUUCCUCAAAUUUCUACACCCAUUUCAUUCAUUAUUUAUCCUUUAAUUGUUCACAUUUGUGGCAUGAUUGGAACAUGGAUUGGAAUGUUCUUUGUUCGAGUCCGUGAUCUCUCAGAGGUGGUACACGGAGAUGAAAGCUAUUCCCUUAUUCGAAACGAAAUUCUCGAAAAGACUGAAUCAUCUGAGUCACAUACGGAAAACGAGGAAGAACAUGAACCAGCAAUCAAACAAGAACAUUUAGAUGAUCCAAUGAAGGCCCUUAACAUUGGUUAUUUGGUUAACGUACUAGUGACUACAUGUCUUUUCAUUGCUUGCUCCUAUUGGUUCCUGAGAUCAGAUCAAUAUCCUGACGCUUGGUGGAAGUUUAUGUUUUGUGGAUUGAUUGGCAUCUUAACCUCAUUUGCAUUUGUUUUCAUUACCAUUUAUUAUACAGACUACAAUUGGCGUCCUGUUCAAUCGAUCAUUGAAGCAUCCAAGACAGGACCAGCCACAAAUAUUAUAGCAGGUAUUGCUGUUGGUUUGGAGUCUACUGCUUUACCAGUGAUUGCCAUUUCAUUGGCUAUUUUAGGUUCUUAUUACUUGGGAAGAAGCAGUGGAAUUGUAGAUGAAAAUGGAGCACCUAUUGGUGGACUAUUUGGAACAGCAGUCGCAACCAUUGGUAUGCUCUCGAGUUCAAGUUAUAUUUUGGCUAUGGAUGCACUUGGACCAAUUGUGGACAAUGCUGGUGGUAUUGCUGAAAUGUCGUCAUUACCUCCAAAUAUUCGAAUGAUUACGGACAGACUCGAUGCGGUUGGUAACACGACCAAAGCACUCACCAAAGGAUUUGCAGUAGGUUCUGCCGCAGUUGCUGCCUUUUUACUUUUUUCUGCAUUCUUGGAUACCAUUGAGGCAUAUAUUGGAGUGAGUUUUAAGGUUGUCAAUUUGGCUGUUCCUGAAGUCUUCAUUGGUUCCCUGUUAGGCGCUUGUCUUGUUUUUGUUUUCUCCUCACUCACUAUGAAGGCUGUAGGAAACACUGCUCAAACUGUGAUUGAAGAAGUGAGAAGACAAUUCAGAGAAAUGCCAGGAAUUAUGGAAUUUAGACAAAAACCCAACUAUGAAAGAUGUGUUGCUAUCGUUACUCGUGCCUCUCUAAUUCAAAUGAUUUUACCUGGACUACUUGCAUUCCUUACACCUGCAAUUGUAGGAUUUCUCUUUAGAUUUAUUGGACAAGCUCUUGGACAUCCCUAUUUAGGAGCUGAAGUGUCAGCUGGAUUUUUGAUGGUCGCAACCAUUGCAUGUAUCUUAAUGGCAUUGUUUUUCAAUAAUAGUGGCGGUGCAUGGGACAAUGCUAAAAAGUUGACAGAGAUGGAUAAAAGUUUGGGAGGGAAAGGAUCUGCUGUACAUAAGGCAACUGUGAUUGGAGACACAAUUGGAGACCCAUUUAAGGACACGACUGGUCCUUCUCUCCAUGUUCUCGCAAAGCUGUUAGCAACGAUCACUCUUGUGAUUGGUCCUCUUUAUCUCAGUUACACCUCUUCUUAA